AUGAGUUAUCUGCUAUCAUCGUCCUUCCAGCUGGUUCUACUGAUUGGAGAUCUGCAUAUCCCACACAGAGAGCACAAUCUCUCGGCAAAAUUUCGAAAACUUCUUGUGCCGAACAAGAUGCAGCAUGUUUUGUGUACUGGAAAUCUGUGCAAUCGAGAAAGUGUCGACUAUCUGAGGUCGCUUUCGUCAGAUGUUCAUGUUGUUCGAGGAGAUUUUGAUGAUGAAUCAUUGAAAUACCCUGACACGAAAGUGGUUACAGUUGGACAGUUUCGACUGGGACUCAUUCAUGGCCAUCAAAUUAUUCCAUGGGGGGAUGAAGCGAUGCUCGAGCAGCUGGCAAGACAACUGGAUGUAGAUGUUCUCAUUAGUGGACACUCGCACGAAUGCAGCGUUCGAGAAAGCGGCGGACGUUUCUACGUGAACCCCGGAAGUGCUACUGGAGCUUUUUCGGUUACGCAUGAUGGGUAUGGUACUUCUAAUUGUAGCAAUUAG